AUGUUGCACAACAGUCAGUGAAAGGCGUGUCAUUGACACAAAAUCGCUGUACAAAGUUCAGAUCGGCUGCCAACCCAAAGACGAGCUGCACGGACUGGGAAUCUAAUGUAUUACACCUUUCCACUUUUUCCUUCAGAGAUGAACAGGUUGAGACUUGUAACACUGGUUGCACUACUUUGCUUUCUUCCAUCUGCUAAUGGAGGGAAAGUCCUUGUUUUCCCUGUGGAGGGAAGCCACUGGGUCAACAUGAAGGUCCUCAUCCAGGAGCUCCAUUCCAGAGGUCACCACAUCACAGUAAUCCGGCCAAAAACCAGCAUGUUCAUCAGGGCAGAGUCCCUUCACUACCAGUCAGUUAGCCUAGACUGGAAGGAAUUUGAUGCAAACUUCAUGAAUUAUUACACAACAAGAAUGCUGCAUCUCCGUCGGGAGUUCCAAAAUUCAACUGCAGCGUAUUUCAAAGCUGGAGAGGAGUUGAUGACGAUGAUGCAUCAGGCUCACAAAACUGUGGUUAACCAAAUGCAAGAGAUGUUUGAGGAUGCUAAACUGAUGCAAUUAUUCCAAGAAGCCAAAUAUGAUGUUGUUCUGACUGACCCCUGCUUUGGUGGAGGGGUACUUCUGGCUCACCGGUUGGGUCUGCCUCUGGUCUUUAACGUACGAUGGACCAUCAUGGAAGAUGGACAUCACACAAUUGCCCCAUCACCGCUCUCAUAUGUUCCCAUGCCAGGCCUUAAAUUGACUGAUAAGAUGAAUUUUUGGCAAAGGGUGUUAAAUGUUUUAUUUUCCUUAAUGGUACGUAAUUACCACAUGACAAUCAAAGAAUCUUAUUACACACCAUUUGUCCACCGACACUUUGGUCCUGACGUCCACUAUGAUGAGCUUGUUCAGGCGGCAGAUGUUUGGUUGAUGAGAACCGACUUUACCUUUGAGUUCCCUCGUCCCACCAUGCCCAACGUUGUCUACAUGGGCGGGUUUCAGUGUAAACCCUCCAAGCCUCUUCCUCAACAUCUGGAAGACUUUGUCCAGAGCUCUGCAGAGCAUGGAGUCAUUAUUAUGAGCUUGGGGACAUUGGUGGGGACUCUUCCUGAGGAUAUAGCAGAACAUGUGGCUGCAACUUUCGCCCAAUUACCUCAGAAAGUCAUCUGGAGGCAUACUGGGAAGAGACCAUCCACCCUGGGCAACAACACUUUGCUGCUGGAUUGGCUGCCCCAAAAUGACCUCUUAGGACACCCAAAGACCAGAGUGUUUGUGGCCCACGGAGGCACCAACGGACUUCAAGAGGCCAUCUACCACGGCGUUCCCAUCGUUGGACUUCCUCUGAUGUUUGAUCAGGAUGAUAACUUGUUCAGGAUGUGUGUGCGGGGCAUUGUAAAUGUGCUGGAAAUUAGCACACUGAAUAAAGACAACUUCCUGGAGGCGGUGAAGGCGGUGCUUUAUGAGCCGUCCUACAGGGAGAACGUGCAGAAGCUCUCCAGACUGCACAGAGACCAGCCCAUGAAGCCUCUGGACCGAGCCAUGUUCUGGAUCGAGUUUGUCAUGAGACACAAGGGUGCUGCACACUUAAGGACUAACUCUUAUAAAAUGUCCUGGAUUCAGUACCACUCCAUUGAUGUUAUCGCACUGUUGUUAGUUUUGGUUAUGAUGAUGACACUGAUAUCCAUUUUAACAGUUAAAUGUUUGUGGUGUAAAGUGUUUGGUGGGAGGAAAGCAAAAUUGGACUAAUACAAGUACUUAUGUUUCUCUGCAUGUACUUCUGUUAUGUUUUUUUUUACAGUAAAGUACAUUUUUUCUCCAACACCAUCAGAAAAGGAAAAAACGGGAGAAGCAGAGAUGGAAUACCGAAAAUGAAAGUUGCACAAAAUGAAACAUGUUUAAAUUAAGUUUACAUAUUUAUUUUGAACAACUGAGGUUUGAUGAUGAUGAUUCAGCAGCACAGAAUAAAUGUUGCCCUCUUACGGUGAGAGCUGAAAAGACUCACGUUCAAGCCAUAAUUUAAUCUGAAAAUUGUCUUUGAGAUGAUUCGACUAAAUUAAAGCAACAACAACAUCAAGAGCCACAGCGGUGACACCCUGGAGUGGACAUACGGUGUAUUUGUCCGUCUUUUGCUUUUUUUGUAUUGUGCUAUGGACCCUUUUGUUUUGUGUCCUAAAUAA